UAAUUCAUAGGAAAGCGACGCGAAAAAUAGGAGAAAUUUGCUCACUCGGGGUCCAUCAAAGAGAUCCGCAUCCGCCGACUCGCUGGGCAACGGGCAUCCCCGCCAUCUAUUAAUACCUUACCCGUAUCUAUUGCUUCAAAUUCCACAAUUUUAUUUCUUCUUUUUGUGCCUGUGCGUGUUGCGCAAAACCCUAGCUUUUUGCAACUCGAACAAAGCAUCGUUGAAUUUCAGCUUCGCUUUAGAAUGGCGGCUAAACCACUCUCAACUGAGGCGAUUGCACUUACAGAGAAGAAAAUGGACAUGACCCUAGAUGAUAUAAUCAGAAUGUCUAAAACUACUUCCAAGACUAAGAGGCAAAGAAGAGUUCCGAAUAAAAGCCAGAAAUUUUCAAAUGGUCUCGCCCAGGAUAAAUCUUCAAAGCUGCGACGCUUUAUGGAGUCAAGAUCAUCUGUUAGACAGGGAGUUCUUGCUAAGAGAAGAUCAAAUUUCCAGGAAAACCAAUUUCCUGUUGCAGCUGAGAUUGCACAAAAAGCUGCAGUUGCUCCUUUACGCAAUAGAGCUUCAAAUCGUAGUAGGGUGGCUAACCGGAAUAAAGCAAGGUUUGGAGUAGCAGCGGGUCAGAGAAGGGCUGCUAGUGGAAAUUUCGCAGUAAAGCCCCGGCCUUCUCAGCAGCAGCAGCAGCAGCAGCAGGAAUUGAAUGUGAUGCCUAAGCAGAGACAACAAACGUUGGAUUCACUGUUUGCAAACAUGAAGGAGCAAAGAAUGAGAGUUCAAUCAAGGCAGAAUCAUAACGUGCAGCGCAAUGGAGGAGGUGGUGGGCACAGGAUUCCCCCAUGGGGAAGGAGUCGCUUUGGCAACUAAUGUGUUGGCUUGGAUGGAAAUUUCGUGGUGUCAAUUCUGAAGCCCCUGAAUUGAUGCAUGUUGGAAUUUAAAGUGUGCAAAUGCAGACCUAGUUCUUUCUCUCUCUUUUUUUUAAUAUUUUUUUUUCCUUUUUUGGAUGUUCACUGUUUUUUCACUUGCAUGCUCUUUUGGCAGUCGCUUGCACGCCCAUUGUAUAGUUUUUUAAUCCCAGUAGCAUAGCGAGUGACUAUGAGAUACAUAUUUGUGGUUAAGAACGAAUAGUUAACAUGCAAUUUCCAGCUUCUUUAUUUUUAUAUUUUCAA